GUAUAACAGUUUACUGAGUCACGUCAAAACGGUCAAAACUGCUGCCGCCGUUGAAUGGAAAAAGUUAAAACAACAGAAAAACGCAUUAGAUCGGUUGCAUUUUGCUUGGAAAACAGCAAGUUAACUAUUUUUUACCGGUCCGGUUUUGUGCCUUGCCACCAGGCAAGUGGAAAUCAAAAACAGUAUGUCGGACGACGAUGUAAUCGUUAUUGAGGAUUCACCUCAGCGCAAAUCUAUCAGCUGCGAACAAAUACCCGAACUGUGGGUCCUUGAUAAGCUGAUCGCUCGAAAGCACUUCAGUCAGUUUGGUAGGAUAACCGGUUUCAUACUGCGGCCGAAACGCUUUUCCUGCACGGUUGAGUACGAAAGUCAGCAAGCGGCGGAGGCUGCUCUGGCGCGAGGUGGCCAAUUCAAGGAUAUCAAAUUCAAGGUGUUCUGGACGGACGAAGCUCCAGCGGUUGCCGUCGCACGGGAUGAAAGUUUUGUUGAUCCUGAAGUGCAGCAGGAGUUGGACUCGAUGGUUGGGGGGCCAACCGCGCUACGCGCAAGGCAAACCUCCAAGCAGUCGAUUGAAUCUUUUCUGAAAAAGACAGAACGCUUUCCUGCGCCUCCGGUGGUAGCACCACCGAAACAAUUUCGCAUUGUUCCGUCGGCGCGUGUGGAAGGAGCGGUUGUGGAUUCAAAGGUUGCUCAAGCACGGUCUGAUUUUGAAAUGCUGGCCAAGCAGCCGUCCAUGACGGCAGAGGAUCGCUACCGGGUGCUGGAGGCCCGUGAUAAGUACAUUCGAUUGACGAGUGAUCGAACGACGGACAUCCGGAAGGCUAGCAGCACUCAGGGAACGUGCCGGGAUAUGUGCCCGGAAAAGGAACGCUACAUGAGAGAGUGCAAAUUUCAGGUUGCCUCGUACGAAGCUGGUGCUAGUUUGCAGCAAAUGGAUCACCACAAAGCGAUCAAGCAGUAUUCGAGAAGUUCGGCCGAUCAGGAGGCUCCAAUGCCGCACGAACUGCGUUCGGAGGAAGGUUUGGAGAGGACAAUGAACUAUUUGCUUCAGCGAAUUGUUGAUGAUUGUGACGACGACGAUGUUAAUCUUGCCGACUGGUUUCACUUUGUGUGGGAUAGAACUCGUAGCGUUCGUAAGGAUAUCACCCAGCAAGAGCUGUGUUCAACGAGAGCGGUGCAGUUGGUCGAGCAGUGUGCUCGGUUUCACAUCCACUGCGCUGCGCGGCUGGUAGCGGAGGAACCUUCAGUGUUCGAUCAGAAAAUCAACACGGAAAAUAUGACCAAAUGCCUGCAGUCGCUAAAAUACAUGUACAAUGAUUUGGGACUGAAAGGAAUCCGCUGCCGGAAUGAGGCAGAAUUUCGAGCCUAUGUGGUGUUGCUGAAUUUGAACGAUGGAAAUUUCCUGUGGGAGAUUAAACAACUUCCGGCGGACAUUCUGCACUCCAUGGAGAUCCGGUUUGCUUUGCAGGUUUAUUUUGCGUUGGAGAACAAUAAUUAUAUUAGAUUUUUUCGGCUGGUCCGGCAGACUUCCUACAUGAAUGCGUGUAUUUUGCUGCGGUAUUUCAACCAGAUUAGAACACGAGCUGUGGAAACCAUGCUAAGAGCUUACACGUAUCGCGCUCCAGCCAGUUUUGCGCUGAUUCAUAUCACGGAUUUGCUUGCGUUUGAAGAUAUCGAGGCUACCGUUUGUUUUUUGGAAUGUUACGGUUUACCCGUGGAUCAAGCGCUGGGAACGGUGCUGAUGGAUCCUAAGCAAUACGAACGUCCGGAGCUACCGUAUCAGUUGGAACGGGCACUCAAACUGGUCGAAAGCAAACGGGACUGCACUGUGGGAGAAGCCAUCGCUGGCCACCCAUUGGAUGAUGAUAGCGAGUUGGAGCAUCAUCAGUUAGAGGAAAGUUUCGAUACCGCCGGCUUUCUUCGGGAAGCAGUUUUGCGGAACAUUCUUAAACAAAGCAAUCCGCUGGCAGGGGAAGCGGCAGCUUCGGCUCCAAACGACGACGACAAACUUUUCAAAGUGCCUUCGCCAAAUUCGGUAUCUCCCAAGCCGGUGUUUCCAAGGCCGCUGGCACCGCCUACUGGCACUCUCUUUCAGCCAUCUCGUUUCACGUCCCGAAUUGAAAUCAACGCUCCUGCUCCGCUGGCACCGUCUGUAUUCUCGAAGCAUAGUCCAACUCCGAUGCUGUCUGGAAUCACACCGCUAGCGAAAACAGCAGAACCGACCACUUUCGGCCAAAAUCUGUUCGGCACUGUUAGCUUUGUGCAGCCAGCCGAGGGUUCGAGAUUCGGCACUGGUUCGAUCUUUGUUGGUCCUGUGGUGCGGCCAUCCAAACCGGACCACGAGCAAUGCAAACAGGAUGCAGAGGAGGCCGAAAAAGCCCGUCGAAAGCAACGCGACGAGGAGAUGAAACAACUACAAAAGCAAGCGGAAGAGCUUCGUCAGAAACGGGAGGCCGAGGAGGAAAGCCUUCGGCAGCAGUUAAUCGCCCGUAAGGAGGCGGAAAUUCGACAACUCAAACAGCUGGAAGAGGAAGGUCGCCGUCAGUUGGAAGCUACGGUAAACAAAGUUUCAGAGCGCAUUUAUGCCGAGCUGGUAGCCGAGGUGUGCGAUGAAGAUUUGAAAAGUAUUGCGACGGAGUGCUGCAACCGCCAUCAACUGCUGGAGGAGUAUCCGAAGCAGCUGCUGGAAGAAUUGCAGGAUGAAUUUUUGGCUGAGUUUUUGAGCGCUACUGUGCGCGAGGAGGCCAUAGUGCGCAACUGUCAGGAGAAUCGCCAACUGAAUGUUCUCCGGAAGUAUUUUCGUCUGUGGCGCCGCAAUGUUCACCAGCUGCUAGACAACAGACUGCAAAUAGAGAAUAGUCCGGCCUGGCUUCCGGAACGAAAUUUGCCGGAACAAGCUAGAGAGUGCUUCCGAGAUCAUCAGGUGCUAAGUUUGGCUAACAUGAAACGUUACUUGGGCGGCACUCCGAAGCAGUUUGAAAUACCAGAAACGAAGGAACCCAAGUUGGAUUUGUUCGCAAUCGUUCGGAAUGGUCUGAAGCGUACCACGGGUCAAAAACGCAACGGGUUGAUCCGAAAUCACAUCUAUUGGAAGAUAGCAAUUUCCAUUCCCUUCAAACAAGAGGAAGAUUCAUCAGGUUUUUACUAUUUCAUAAGUAAAUGGUUGAAAAAUUUGUUUCAACGCACAGAGCAAGAAACAGGAAAAUGCUUUUUCCUGGAGGCCCAAGAAUCAACAACCGCUCGUGAGCGUUUGGCGGUAUGCAUUCGGCUGCUCAAAGGUACCUCUCCCCUAGACGAACAAAACUCACCCGAUGAGGCAGCCUUGGACAACUCGAAUGGUUUACUAUUUCUUCUAACUUCAAACAACGUCACAAAAUCUAAAACAAGACUGCACAACAUACUCCGUAACGCGUCAGCCUGGGGUCCAAUACCGCUCACCAUAGUUGCCUACAACUGCCAGCCCAGCCAGGUGGAAACGCUAGAGCAACAGCUCGACUUGGACACACUGCUAGAGGAAGGUAAAAUCGAUGAUUUCGAAGUCUACCACCAUCGAGAGUCGCAAAAAGCGCCGCUCCGAGUAGCCCUCCUCAAAUCGCUCACAUUUUUGGCGUCCUGCUACAGCUCAGACUGCCCACUGGAAAUGCAAUCCCAAACGGCCUUCAUCGGAACCUGUCUCGGAGAUGAACAAUGGCACCGGUUUCGCAUUUCAGCCCAACAAAAUCCCAAACUACUGGAAGCCUGUCAGGAUUUAAAUUUCACUCUAAGCCUCUUCAAUCAAGCCGUCGAUCGUACCAUCAACCUCGUUCAGCACGAUUUUUCUGGCUAUCCGGAUUUUCCUGCCGAGUUCAAACCGCUUGUUUCGAAGCGACGCUUCGAUAUCCCUCUAGAUUUGGAGUAUUUUCCAAAAGAUUGGCGUUCUCGAGAUCGCCAGCAUAAGCUGCAAAACUUUUUCUUCCAACUCAAACUUCCCACCGCGGAAUUCGAACCGGUAUCCUGUACGACACUGCAAGAUCUUCAAUCACAUCUGCUUGCCUACAUUCGCGGCAGCUUGCCGCGACCAAACGAUAAACUAGCCCGUCGUCUGUUAGCUCUACUCACCCAGGAGCUGCUGAAAUCGUUCCCUCCAGCUAUGGCAUUUACGCAAGCUAUCCAAGUGCAAAACUGGCUUCCCAUCGUGUCCAUCCUCGCUGAAGAACUACUCCGGCUACACUGGAGCGAACACAUUGUGCACCUACCAUGCGAAGUAAUCUACCACCGGGGAGAGUUUGAAAGCUACAGUGGCACUCUCUGGUGGUUAGCGGAGCUAAAAAAAAUACCAACAAAGCGAAAAUCUCUUCCCGACGUGAGCAGCAAUGGACAACCGGAAACAGACGAAGACUGCCUUGAUGCUACUGCUGCUGAGGUUUCCAUGACCAAUCAGCCGCUGCCGGCGGCCAAAAGGAUGAAGCUUAACAUUACCCUAGCUAAGGACGACUUGGAUGAAAUUCUGUCACGCAGCCAACGCUGUCUGCAGCAGGCCGAAGAAAAGCUAACCCAAGUGCGGAACCUUACGGUGCAAAGUAAACAGCUGGCUAGCUUGCUAGAUGGCCGAUUGUACGACCAAGAGCGGGCUUUCCGCGCUAACAAGUGGACCUGGGAGACCAACUUCCGGUAGAUGUUAUGAGGGGUGUUUUGUGGUGAAAUUAAAUGGUUAAUGUUGUCUUUGUUUUGUCAGUUCAGGAUAAUAAACAGAACGAGGUUCUAUUGAAAGCAA